AUAAAUGGGUGUGCCAUAGCAUGCAGGUUAAGACAGUUACAAGACACCCCACUCUUUUGGGACCUCAUGUUUUUUAUUUCUUGACAAAUUUGUUCUAUAUCAAGAUUUAAUUUCAUUCAAAUCUAUGAGCUGGUGUAACUAACCAAUAAAUGAUUUGAGAAUCCAACUAAUGUAUUUGACAUGAUCUUGUUCAUAACUUGUGUACUGCAGAAUGAAUCAAGAAAUGGAUCACACUUCUCCCACAUCUCAAGACACUGAUCAUGAUUCCACAAAUGCCGCUCUCAAGCUGCAAAAGGUUUACCGGAGUUAUCGUACACGUCGUAGAUUGGCAGAUUCUGUACUUGCAGCUGAAGAGCUCUGGUGGCAAGCAAUAGAAUAUGCUCGUCUCAACCAUAGCACGACGGCUUUCUUCAACUUCAUCCAACCCGAAAAACCAUCUUCGCGGUGGAGCAGGAUCAGCUGGAAUGCUUCCAAGGUAGGGAAGGGGUUAGUCAAGGAUGCCAAGGCUCAAAAGUUGGCCUUCCAGCAUUGGAUUGAAGCUAUUGAUCCAAGGCAUCGAUAUGGUCACAAUUUGAGCAUAUACUUUGACGAGUGGUGUAGAAGACAGACACAUCAACCAUAUUUCUACUGGCUGGAUAUCGGAGAUGGGAAAACGGUUGAUCUUGAUGAGUGCCCUCGAUCAAGACUUAAUCAAGAAUGCAUCAACUAUUUAGGACCUUCUAGCUUUGUCUAUUUUCAAAACAAGCAAGAGCGAGAAUGCUACGAGUACAUAAUAGUAGAAGGAAAGUUCAUCCACAAGCAAACUGGAAAUGCUCUUGACACAAAGGAACAAACAUCAGGCUCGAAAUGGAUAUUUGUGAUGAGCGUGUGUAACAAAUUGUACGCUGGAGAGAAAAGGAAGGGGAUGUUUCACCAUUCGAGUUUCCUAGCAGGUGGUGUGACUCUAGCAGCUGGAAGGCUCGUUGUAGAAUGUGGAAAGCUUAAGUCUGUAUCAGCUUAUAGUGGACAUUACCGGCCAACAGACGAGAGCCUCAGCAUCUUCCUCGCGUUCCUGCAGAACAGUGGCGUUAAACUCGAGGACGUUAAGGCAGGUAAACAGCAAACCAACAGAGCUAUGAUGCUGAAAACUUAGUCCAUGAGAAACACAACUCAUUAAGGUGAAGUCUUGAACAGAUAUCAAGAAGCAAGGAUGAGAGUCCCU